UCACUUGCCAGGCACCGGCAGAGGAUGUACCCGCCUGGGAACCUCCGAAGCCGUACCAUUUUGGCAGAGUUCGAUGUCCAUACGGAGCCAAUUCAGUUUCAGAUUCAUCUGCUAUGGAACGAACGAGUCUUUAUGGUGAUUCCACCUUCCUUCUUCUUGCUCUAGCUGCCAUCUCCAGCCUUCACCGGAGGUUUUCUUCGCCCCCUCACCGUCAUUUGGACGACCCGAACCAGCUCUUGAGUUACGUGAGGAAAAAUUGCAGAGAUGGUGUUGGGUUUACAAGCGUCGAUGAUGCCCUGUGUUGCUUCCAUAAGAUGAUAAAGGCGUACCCUUUGCCUUCCUCCAUGGAUUUUAGUCAAUUGUUGGGUGCUAUAGUGAGGAUGAAGCAGUACUCGACUGCAAUCCGGUUGAUUGUGCAGCUGCCAUCUUUGGGUAUCGAGCAUGAUAUUUCCUUGCUGAAUAUCUGGAUGAAUUGCUUUUGCCGGUUAAACCGUGUUGAUUUGGCUUUGUCUAUCCUAGGCAAAAUCUUGAAGCUUGGGUUUCACAUCAAUGUGGUGAUAUCGAACACCCUCAUUGAUGGUCUCUUUCUUAAGGGAAAAACAGAUCAAGCCUUGAGGUUUCUCGAUGAUAUGGGACGAAAUGGCCUCGAACCUAAUGAGAUCACGUACGCAAUAAUCGUGAAGGGGUUAUGCAGGGCUGGUAACACCAGAUCGGCCGUUGAAUUGCUAAGGGACUGGGAAGAGAGAAGUUGCAGCAUCAAUUCCUUCACAUACGGCAUAAUAAUUGAUAGUCUUUGCAAGAAGGGAUUGAUCGCAGAGGGCUUGAGACUCCACGAAAGUAUGAGUAGAAAAGGUGUCCGACCAACUGUUGUUACUUAUACCUCCUUGAUCCACGGUUUGUGCAAGGUAGGGCAGAUGGAAGAAGGUCUCGUAUUGUUGAAACAGAUGGCAAGCAGAGGGAUCCAACCCAACAUAUUCACUUAUAGCUCCUUGAUUAAUUGCUUAUGCAACCUAGGCCAAUGGAAAGAUGCUAUGGUCUUGUUGGAGAAGAUGAUGAAAGCAGGAAUUGAACCGGACGUUGUUACUUAUAACUCCAUCAUUCAAGGAGUAUGCAAUUCCGGCCAAUUGGAAGAGGCUCAAAGACUCUUGAGUCAAAUGGUGCAAAGCAGAGUAAGGCCGGAUAUUCGAACCUUUAAUAUUCUGGUGGACGCAUAUUGUAAGGAGGGAAUGCUUGAAGAGGCAAGGGCCAUGGUCGACCAGAUGAUUCGAUUAGGUAAAAUGCCUGAUUGUUUCACUUAUAAUGCAUUGAUGAAUGGUUAUUGUUUGCAAUAUAGAAUGAAAGACGCUAUGGAAGUGCUUAACUUGAUGGUUGAAAGAGGCUGCUCACCUAAUGUUGUUUCUUAUAACACGUUGAUUAACGGAUACUGCAAAGCGAGAAGAGUUGACAAGUCAAAGAUGCUUUUGGAAGAAAUGCUUCAAAGGGGCUUGAUUCCUAAUGUCAUCACAUACAACAUACUUGUAAACGAAUUUUGCCAGGUUGGAAACCUUGAAGCCGCGGAGGAGCUAAUUAACGAGAUGCAAUCUCGCGAUCUAUCUCUAGAUCAUUAUAUCUUGAGUGCUUUCUUGGAUGGCUUGUGUAAAAUGCAGCAAAUUGACAAGGCCAUGAUAUUGCUUCGAAAGAUGGAAGAUUCCAAAUUCGUCCCAAACAUUGUGGCUUAUAGUAUCCUAAUAAAUGGCAUGUGUAAAGACGGAAAGCUCGACAAUGCAAAGGGGCUGUUUAAUUGUUUGAAUGCUCGAGGCUUGCAACCAAACGUAAGGACAUAUACCAUUCUCAUGUGCGGGUUGUGCAACGGAGGAUGCACGGAGGAAGCAUAUCAGCUCCUAAAGGAGAUGGAAGGAAAUGGAUGCUUUCCAGAUGCUGUCACUUAUAACACAAUAAUCCAAGGACUGCUAAAAAACAACGAAAACACUAGAGCAGCGCAACUUGUCAAUGAAAUGGUUGAAAGGGGUUUUUCUGCAGAUCUAAUGACGACGGAAUUGUGGGUUAAAUAUCUCCUGACAAAUGGAAGUUCUUUCUUUUCCAGUAGAACUCUCCAUUGUCUCUGAAAUUUGUCUAGAUUUUCAUCUGAAAUGUGUUGAAGAGUAAAUCAGAUUCACCGGCAAGUUUUCUUCCAAACAUCAUCUAAUUGAGUCCCAUAUGCAAUUAAUGAAGUUGUUUUCAAUCUGAAAGACAAUUGACUGAAUCGGAUUGCCGAAGAAGGAAAAUUUUUGGAGGGGUGGAAGGUGGAUUUUGGUCCUCGUCUACCUAGGUUAGGCACGAAAUCUCUGUACUUAACCGAUACUUCAAAGAAGAUGAAUACCUUGAAGUGGAUGUCAUUUGAAUAGGUAGUGGAGAAUAUUUGGGUCGAGCUGGGUGCUGAGAUUAUCACCAUAGGUCAGUUACGUAUUAGGGUUGGUGGUUUGCUCUGCUUCUUACAUGCAAAUAACGGCAAAGUUUGAGGGACGGCUUGCUGACUAAGGAACAUGGCUGCAAAUGUAUGAAAACUACUUGACAUAUCUUCCCCUUUGCGCUGUGAGGGAUUUUCCAAAAAGCAUCUGAUAUUGGGUGAAUAUGAACGCUGUUGACAGACAUUCUCAAUGCUAGAUGUCUUGAGCCAACACCAAUCAACUUCAUCUCAGUCUGGCCCAGAUGAUGUAAAUGUCCAUCGUCUUUUCCAUUGCAUCAAUUGAAUUACUUUCCCGAUCAAUAGGUUGGCUCUUAACUGAGGUACAUUCCUUGCCAUUUUUAUCUGUUUCAAUUGCUGACUCAGUCUGACCAAA